AUGUCGCUCUCCUCCUUACUCGACAUCAACAACCUGCAAGACUUCCUGAAAGCGAUGAUCAACCUGCUGCACGAGUUCGAGUGCAUCCCGAACGACAACUUCAAGCCGAAGAUCAGCAGUCUCUCCCGCGGGAUCUUCAAGCAGUCGGCGAAGUCGGCGAGGAAGUCGGCGGGCGGGACGGACUACUCGAUCACGCUGCAGGACUCGGGCGACCCGUCGUUCAUCUACACGCCCAACAUACCGUUCGACCUGGAUUACUUCGAGGUGUGGAUCACGCUGAGCGACAUGCUGGUGGAAGUGUACCAGAAGAUGAUCAAGUUCAUCGACCUCUCGGGCGGCUCGAGCGGCUCAUUGGGCACGACGACGGGCGGCGGGAGUGGCGGGACGACGACGGGCGUCCCGACGCCGCCAUCGGCCGGCGCGGCCCCGCCGCUCUCGACCACGCUGGCCGGCCCCGGCGCCGCCUCGAUCGCCGUCCCGCUGCCGCCCACCCGCUCGUCGUCGAACUACAGCAUCGUCAGCGUCCACCAGACGCAUCUGACCAGCGCGCACAUCGAGCUCAUCUCGCGCAUCGACGCCAAGCUCAAGAAGCUGAUCGUGGUGUUGACGAAGGAGAUCGACGCGAUGGCCCGGGCGGCGAUCCGGGACGAGCUGGCCCAGCUGGACCCGAUGCUCCUGUCCGCCGCCGCCGCCCUCUCGCCUUCCUCGUCCGCCUCCCCGCCCGGCAACAACCCCGCCCCGCCCACCCCGCACUCGCUCCACCCCAACGCCUCCCUCCACCAACCCCUCCAAACCCCCACGCCCUUCGCAUUCAACGACUUCAUUCCCCAGAGCCAUGAGUGGGACUGA